UGGCGGCGGCCAAGAUGGUGGGGCUCUGGGGCGGAGGUGCCGGGGCCGUGCAGUAGAACCCAGCGCCGCCGGCGGCCGCGCCUGCCCCUGUAGGGAACGCGGCAUCGCCUGCGCCUGUGUCACCCCUGCCCCUCGUCCUGGGAAGAUGCAUUCUUUUGGGAGCGAAGAAGCAGUCUCGCUGGAGCGUCUCUUUGGGUUCUUCUGCGAGUGCGUGCGGCAUGGGUACUGGGAGCUGGCGCAGGCCUGUGUGCCCCAGCUGAGCCAGGGGCACGGCGAUGGCCCUGGGAAGGUGGAGGCAAUUCUUCAGGCUCUGGUAGCUUGCCCCGUGGGGGUGAGAGGGGGACAGAAUUCUAGCCCAUGGAGAACAGCAUGGCUUUGGCUUCUUGUGCUGGAAAAAUGGCUUGCCAGGAAUAAGAAAACUGUUCCAGUUGUUCUUCAGAGAGAAACUGAAUUUUUAGUGUUCUUGGAAGAACUACAGAAGGAUAUUUCUGAGGAAGUCCUAAAGGAGCUGUUUGAAGCAUUUGAGUGCACCCAGAACGAGCACAUCACAGACAGCAAAAGAAGAGAUGACUGCUCUCACAAAUUCAGUUUGGAUGUUGUUUCAGCUCUCCGGAAGCUUUUGGUGUGGGCUCCCCAGAGGGCAAAAGCCCUGCUGGAGUUCUUCCAGGAGGAACAAGGCACACACAGCUCUUCACUCCAGCAGUAUCGCGCUCUACAGAACAUCUUCGUUGAAUUUCUUUGUGACUCCUUGAAAUCUCUGCAGAGGCUCCAGGGCAGUUCUGAGAUUUCAGCCGGACUAGAUCAAAGAGAACUAGUAGAUACAAUUUAUGCUGCUCUCAGUAUAGUGACUUUUGAUGUAGAGCAUCAGGCAGAUGAAGUAAGGCACCUAUUCAGGGAGCUCUUGGAUGUGUGCUGGGCUGAGGGAAGCCCACUGAGGGAGGAGAAGCUACUAAGCUGUAUGCUGAGGAAACAGAGCCAUGGCCUGUUAAGCCUUUAUAGCAGUGUUCUCACAGAAAGAACAAGAGAAAAGUUUUUGUUGUCAAAAUCUAUACAAAAAGGUUCAUCUGAGCAGCUGGAUACAGAGCGAACUGUGAUGAGUUUGUUCUCAGAUCCCAUAGAAGCUUCUUCUUGGAAGACAACCUAUUUCUACUGCUUGAGCAGCAGCAAGCACUUUCUGGAACAGAUUCUGGUGACUGCAUUAACUUUACUGAAAAGAGAAGACUACUCAAGCCUGAACAGUUUGUUGAGGAGAGAAUUCAACCCCCUUAGCCGUCUCUUGGUGUUGCUAGGAUGGACUCAUUGUCAAAGCUUGGAAUCAGCAAAAGCAUUGCUAUGGACUCUACACAAAACUCAGGAUCUGUGCAAUGAUUCAGUAUUGAAAGAUUUUUGUGAUGGGCUGUGGGCUCAUGUGGAAGUUCUUGAAUGGUGCAUGCAGCAAAACAGUAUUACUGUCCCAAGGAAGGUUCUUUUGCAACACUUGCACAGUCUGGAUUGCCACACUGCGGUGUACUCUCUGCAUCAUCUCACUAAUCUUCUGGCACUGAAUGAAGACGAUGUUAUUGAGCUUCUUCAAAAGGUUCCUGCUAGAGACCAGGCAGCAACACUCGCUAACACCCUGAGUCAGCAGCGCAAUCUGGCGCUCUUCCGAGCGUUUUGUGCCAUGAAGUAUGCUAUCUAUGCUCUCUGUGUGAAUUCACAUAAGCAUUCCAAGUGCAAGGAUUGCAUACGCAGCCUUUUUGGUCAUAUCCCUGAGGAUGCAACUUCUGAGGAACCAGCAGAUUGGUCUUCAGUAUUUCCUCAGUACAUUUUGAAGUGUCAGCAGUUUUUAAGGAGCGUUCCUGCUCCUCUGCGCCUGGAGGUUUUGGAGAAUAUUUUCUCCUUACUUUUUGUUUCCUACAGUGAUCUCCAUACUGAGACUCUUCUACCUGAGGACUAUGCAGAGGAUGAAGACCUUGACAAAAAGAGUACUACUAGGACUGUAGAAGGCAGUGCUAGUUGUUGGUCUUCCACCUCAGAAAGUCCACAGCACCUAAUAGAGGCUGAAAAGAAGUUAGAGGGGCACCUGCUGACUGCACAGACAGUUCACACAGAUACCCGAGAUCUUUGUGACUCGAUGUUAGGUGGCAAAAGCUGUGAAACCUCUAAGCUGAGCUACCUGGAUCUUAAGCACUUCACCAAUGAUGUUACUGGAUUUUUAGUGGAUGAUGUGGCCAUGGAUGCCUUCCUCACGUUGCUUCUCAACCAUCUGGAAGAAAUUCAGAGUUCUUUCCCAUGGGACUCCAGUAAUGUGCUUCAUGAAGAGCUGGAGCUUUUUGAGUGCUUGAACCUUUCUGCAAGCAGAGAUGCCUUUGGAAAUCGCAUGUUACAGUUUUCCAAAUACCUUUCUGAAGCUCACUGGCGAUUCAAGGUGGUGACAAGUAACAGAAAUGCAGAACAUCAGCUUGCAGCCUCCAGGAGAUACUGCUCUUUAAUCAGGUGCUCCAGCCUUAAGAAACGGAGUAGAUCUCGAAGGUACAAGACAGAGGGAAGUACCAGUAGUGUGUCUGGCUCGAGUGAUUUGGAAAGCAGAGCUAGACCACAUCAGCAGAACCCCCUCAUUCCUAUGAUGCUUUCCCCUCCAGAAUCACUGUUAGUUUCUUGUGUUUUGAGAGGAAACUUCUUAGAAGCCCAUCAGGUGGCUUUGAUGUUUAAUCUGGAUACUUCCCCUUGCUAUGGUGAAUUAGUUUUCAUGGAGCGUUACCAAGAGGCAGUACGAGAAAUGGCAAGAGUGGAGCACAACAUUGAGAAUCAAGUAUCAGAUGGCACUGGAGGCAUCAGGAAAUCUGGCAGUGGCCGUUCAACUCUGCAAGCUAUUGGGAAUGCAGCAGCAGCUGGUAUGGUAUUUUAUUCCAUCUCGGAUGUUACUGAUAAAUUGCUUGCAACUUCUGGAAGUCUUGCCCCUACUCUCCAAGAAAACUUCUGGAUCAGGAACAUCCAGCUGGAGCAUACUGAUCCUCUGCGGGAAGCCCUUGAGGACCUCAGUCCUUCAGCAAUGGCAGCGUUUGACCUAGCUUGUACUCAGUGCCAUCUUUGGAAGACGUGCAAACAACUUUUGGAGACAGCAGAAAGAAGACUGUACCACAGCCUGGAAACUCGGGGCCACCGACCUGACUUUGUCUUACUGCACUCUGAGGGUGUAAAAGGUUUCCCAGCAGUUCUCCAGCAAAUAAGUAAAAUUCUCAACUAUUCCUGCACAUCACAAGGUCAAUCCAAGCCAGAGUUCUCAGAUGAGAAAAUAGGGAGUCAUUUUCGAUGCAGUAUUGUAGACCUUCUGCAAGCUUGCUACCCUGCCUUGACUGAAGAAAGUAUUACUAAUGAAAUUGUUUUAUCACAAAAUCUGGAUCAAAUCCUAAAAGCACUGACACAUGUUGAAUGUUCUGUGGACUCUAAAGGGAGUCUUCUUGGCACCUUGAUGGAGCAGGGCUCUCUCAAACCUGCAGAGCUGGAGAAGCACCUUGUUUGGAAUCAAACACAGCUUCUGCUGAGAACUCUUGACCAACAUGCCCAAACCAUGCCAGAGAGCAACACACAGACAAAUUUUGUGAAGGCCUUCCUUGACUACAUCACUACACUGGCUGCUGUUGUGCUACGAAGCCUGAAUGCAGAGCUAGAUACAUCUUCAGAAGUUAAAGUGGGGAACCCUUUCAUACUGUUGCAGCAGAGUCCAUCUCAGCUGCUUUCCCAUCUUGUUUUUGAGAGGCAAGUUCAUCCUGACAGACUUUCUUCUCUCCUGGCUAAAGAAGAGCUGAACUUGAAUGUGCAGCAGGUUAUUGUUAACUGUUGCUGUGAACGUCUGUCCUUGUGCAGUGCAAGGCAAAACAGCCAGGCAAAGUCUCUUCUGACGAACCUCAGCAACUUGGCACACCAUUGUGCCUACCAGUGCCUGCCAGAUGUUGAAAUACCUAUUCACAAUUCUGCAGUGACCUCUGAGGAUAUCUCCACUCAGGCCCCAUCCUCUCUGAAUGACUUGAGCCAGCACACACUGACUGCCUCCUCCCUGGACUUCCUAAAGUCUCAGUCGAAGCUAAUGGCCACAGUGGCGUGUCUAAGUGCAUCUAAUAUACAGAAAAUUCACAAAUCAAGUUUGUCUUGGAUGGAGUUUCGGGGCAAACGGGAGGUGCCCUUAGGUUUGGAACAGAUUUCCAAGGAGUGUGAGGCGUUGUUGAAGCAGUUCCCAAUAUUGGAACGAUUUUUUUUUGCUAUGAUUGAGCCCCUUCAGAAUCAAGAGGAAGGUAACAGUUUGGCUACUGUAUUCUCUGGCAAGAUAUACAUAUCUCUGGUUCUCCUAGGAUUACAUUCCACUACAGCUGUUAAAGUAUUAGCAGAAGUCUUUGAACAAACUCUGGCUGCAAAGGAUUGGGACAGGGCUCUGAAGGUCUUGGAUCUGUAUAGUCAGGAUGUGGAGGAAGUGGUCAAUGUGAAGGAUGCUGUGCUGAGCUCUGCAGCUGCUGAAGAUAAGGAUGGUUGGCAAUACUUGUUCCCAGUAAAAAAUGCCGUGUUGAGAAGUAGGCUGGCCCUGCGCUGUCUGGACAAAUGGCCCCUUGAUGCCUGUUUGGAAAUCCUAGCUUAUUGCAUCUCUGACCAGGGUGUAACCAAUGAACUGAAAGCCAGUCUGCAGAGCAGGAAGAAAGAACUUCAGGUUUAUCAAAAGAUUUUGAAUGUGCAAAAUGAACCAUUGUGGAGUGACUGGCAGGAUCUGAAAAAAGCCUGCAGUGAUGACCCCCAGACUGUCAUGAAUAUCAUUCUGAAAGCAAAGGAUUAUGAGCUGUGUGAGGAGUGGGGACACUUAUAUCCUGUCCCAAGAGAAGACUUGAUCAACCUGCACCAUGAGCACCUUCUCCACUUACUGGAGAUGGGAGACAUGGAGAAAGCAUUGCAGCUCUUACAAAGAAUUGAAGACCCUGGUAUUUGCCUUGCCAUCAGUGAACAGUGCCUUGACCAGCUUCCAAACUUGGCAGCCUCUCACUUCUUGGCUGAUUACCUCACAGCUCACUUCUACGCGAGUUUGACAACAGCACGCCGCAAUGAAAUCCAGGCACUCUACAUAGGAUCCAAGGUGCUGCUGACUCUACCUGAGCUCUCCCGUGUUAACUACUUCCACCUCUCUUCAAGACCACUGCUCAUGCUGGAACAGCUCCUCAUGAAUAUGAAGGUGGACUGGGUAGCUGUCGCUGUGCAGACACUGCAUCAGCUCUUGGCUGGGCAGGAAGUUGGUUUUACUGUAGAAGACAUUAACAAUUUGCUUUCCAAGUAUGCAGAAAAAGCUCUCAACUUCCCUUUCACAUUAAAAGAAAAGAGAUCAGAUUCUCUGAUACGUAUCCAAGACAGUCUCAAUCAGGUAUUGGAGUGUGAAGCAUCAUCUAAGUCGGGAUCAUCGGAACUAUCUCCUGUCAGCUUUACUGGUGUAACCAUAUCUGCAAGUCCCAGAGACAGGAGUCUGCAGCAGAAUUUGUUUCCUCAAGAAUUUGUGCCUCCUGAGAAGCCACCACCGAAGCAGCAAUGGAUACCUGAUGACACUGAAACGAUAUGUAUGGUUUGCAAAACUGAACGCUUUACUAUGUUUAACAGGCGCCAUCACUGCAGGCGCUGUGGGAGGCUGGUGUGCAGCUCUUGCUCCACCAAGAAAAUGGCAGUAGAAGCUUGCAGAGAAAAUCUGUCUCGUGUGUGUGAUCAGUGCUAUGGCUACUGCAACAGAGAAGGUCUGCCUGGCUCGGUGCAAGACACAAGCCGAAUAGAAGAAGAUCAGGACCAAGUGGAAGAAACUUCUAAUAAUGAAUAUUCCACAGUAGUGCGAACACCCAAGGCAACUGAGCUGGAAUGGAUUUUUUCCCUGAAUGAAGAGGAGAAUGAAAUUGUACGCAGUGAAUUUUAUUAUGAACAGGCUCCCAGCUCUUCCUUGUGCAUUGCCAUCCUUAGCCUGCACAGUGACAGUGUAGUGUGUGGCCACCAACUGAUAGAACACUGCUGCAAGUUGUCCCAGGGGCUCACUAAUCCUGAGGUGGAUGCUGGUCUCCUUAUGGACAUCAUGAAACAAUUGCUCUUCAGUGCCAAAAUGAUGUUUGUAAAAGCUGGAAGGAGCCAGGAUCUAGCUCUCUGUGACAGCUACAUCAGCAAAGUGGAUGUGUUGAAUAUUUUGGUUGCUGCUGCCUACCGUCCUAUACCAUCUUUGGAUCAGAUUCUUCUCCCAGCAGCAGUAACAAGAUUAAGAAAUCAGCUUCUGGAAGCAGAGUACUAUCAACUAGCUGUAGAGGUUUCUACAAAAUCUGGAUUGGAUCCAGGUGGAGCAUGGCAUGCCUGGGGCAUGGCUUGCCUUAAAGCUGGAAAUUUAAGUUCAGCAAGAGAGAAGUUUAACCGAUGUUUAAAGCCACCUAUGGACCUAAACCAGCUGAACUAUGGUUCAAGGCUUGUCCAGGAUGUGAUACAGUACCUGGAGGCCACAGUGAAGCCGAUACUCAUUGCAGAUGAUGAUUACUUUGCCACAUUGAGGGAACUUGAAGCAACACUGAGAACAAGAAGUCUGUCUCUGGAGAUGAUGUGUGAGGGGAAGAUUCAACACAACAGCUACUAUCAGGAGUGCUUGUUCUAUUUACAUAGUUAUGGCACUAAUCUGGCAAUAAUAAGCUUUUAUAUGAGGCAUGACUGUAUGAGAGAAGCACUGCUUCACUUGUUAAAUAAGGAAUCCCCAUCAGAAGUAUUUAUUGAAGGGAUCUUCAUUCCAAGUUAUGAAAGUGGAAAACUGCAUAUGCUGGAGAACUUACUGGAAACCAUUGAUCCAGGAUUGGAGAGCUGGGGAGUUUACUUGAUUGCAGCCUGCAAACACUUGCAAAGAAAGAACUAUUACCAUAUUCUGUAUGAGCUGCAACAGUUCAUGAAGGAUCACGUCCGUGCUGCCAUGACCUGCAUUAGAUUUUUCACUCAUGGAGCAAAGUCUUACACUGAACUGGGAGGAAAACAGACGUGGCUUCUAAAGAUCAAGGACCACCUCAAAGUCUACCUGCAGGAGGUCUCAAGAAGUUCAGGAAGGAAAAAAAUGGCAUUCACUUUUCGGAAGAAAAUGUCUGCUACAGAUGUGUCGAGGCACAUCAAUACAGUUGAUCUGCAGAUGGAAGUAACAAAAUUCCUGCAUCAGUGUGAGAGCUCAGGAACAUCUCAAAUGACAGGUUCCUCCUUGCCCACACUCUUUGGAAACAAUAACAUGAAAAUGGAUGUUGCUUGCAAGGUCAUAUUGGAAGGCAAAAACAUUGAGGAGGGGUUUGGGAUUGCAUUUAGAGUUCUCCAGGACUUCCAGCUGGAGGCUACAGAAGUGUACAGCAAAGUGGCCAAGCAGCUGGUGAAGCAGCAGAAGUACAGUGAGAUCCGGCAGCUCCUGAAGUGUGUCAAUGAGUCUGGAGUGGCAGCAAAAAAUGAUGGGGAUAACAUUAUCCUGAACUGUCUAAAUGAGUUCAAGAACAUUCCCGCUGAGGAUCUCGAUAAUCUGAUUCAGGAUAUGGACAGUGAUGAAAACAAGAUCCAGGCCUACGUGAUGUGUAACAAGCUGCGCUCUGCCUAUCUGGUGUCGGUGAGGCAGGAGAAGGGCAGAGCGGUGCAGCUGGUGCAGCACGUGCGGCAGCUGGCCGAGAGCAGCGGCGACGACGUUGUGAAGGCCAUCUGUGCCCAGUGGCUCUCUGUGCACCAGCCCAAGAUGAAAAAUCGGCUUGCCCAGGGCACCAGGAAGUAAUAAGUAAUUGACAUUUGCCAUCAUACAGGAGGAAAAGGCUUCAAGACAGCUCAAAGGUUUCUGGUUCAGUACUUCUCGGUAAAAUGGAAGUCUCUUGACUCAUGCUGGUGGGAAAUGGAUGCUGCUAAUGUGCCUUUGGUGGGGAGGGAGCUAAAUUACAAGUGCCAGUCCUGUAUUUUGACACAGUCACUACCUCAGGGUGUUUUUUGACUCUUUUUCUGACAGAGGUGGGGGAGGCAGUUUCAAACUGAACAAGCAAGGAUUUAGGUGUAUGGAGAGAGCACUUCUCUUUCUGUUUCUGAUUUUGGUUUUUGUUUUUUGUUAGUUUUUAAUUUUUGGGGGGGGGUUGAUAUUUUUUGAAAAGCACUGAACUUAAUAAUAUGGGCUUUUUUAAUCCAGAAAACAUGUAGAGAGGACAGAAAAAUUUUAUCAACUCAAUGUAGCCUAGAGGAUAAACUUUCUGAUUAUGGGUUUCCUGUAAAAAUUUUCAAGAUUGGAGAGAUCUUACAAAGACUAAAAUUCAGAGAUUUUUUAAGCCUCUAUACAAACCAUUGCUACUUUUUUUUUUAUUCCCUUCACUAGUACAAUAUACCCAGUUUCUUUAGUUUGUUUGAAAAGGUAGGAACUGAUUCUUUAUAGCAGGUUUUGUACUUACCAGUUACACUGUGUGAUGUGUGCCAUACAUAUGGCACUUCAGCCCUUACUAUAUGAAUGAAGCUAUAAAGGGCAUAUGCUGUAAGGGGAGUACAAAGGGAAAAUAAGCCUUUAAAAUAUCUGAAAAAUCACGUACCUCUUUCUUUGCUAUGGCAAUACCCAAAAAAUUGUUGUCAUGCAGCUUUAUGACUGAGUAGUUGACAGUAAACUUCCACAGUUUUUCAUCAGGUAUGGCAGAGAAUAUUUGAUAAAGCAAGCUGUGGCAAAAUUUAACAGGUGGUCUUCUAUCCCUGUCACACAGGGAUUUAUUUAUUUAUUACCAGGAUAAUCUGUCCCUGUUAAGUACAAUAGAACACCAAACUGGACCUGCUGUAUAGACAGGCUUUGCUCUGGAAGUGUUAGGUUAAUCAGUUUUAUGAAAAAAGCAGCCGUCUUCGUGUAAUGGCCGUGUAAUGAGGGAUGCUGAAAAAAGCAGCUGCUUCCCUGCAACUGUGAUUGGGACGUGAAAAAUUGGCAGAAGUGUGGUAGACAGUAGUAUGACCUUCAAAGAAAAGAAAACCAGAACAAAACAUGGCAUUCCACAACAGUUUGUCUUUACUGUUUACAUGUAUUUCAGCAGAAGUAGGAAAACUAAUUCACUUUUUUGUUAAAAAGUUGUUUACUUCAAAAGAAAUGACAGGUUUUCUGAAGUGUAACCGAAUUGUAAAUAGUUUUAUUACAUAAAAUAAUUGAGACUGUCAAGUAAGAGUUUUGCACUAACCCCAAGCUCACUGUAAUGAAAGAACAGACUUCCAUGGUAUUGGAAAGGAUUUGGUCCAUCUUCAGGGUUUCAAGAGCAGUGCCCCACUGACACAAACACCUCUCUUUGGAGGCACUCUGCUCACCAGAGCAGAGCUAGAAAUGUCUGAGUAAAGCGGUCAGAAAUGACCACAUGGAGCUUUCAGAAUCCCUUGACCACAGAUUUACAUUAUCUCAUUAGUGAGCAGUACUAAUGAAAGCUUUUGUUUCCUUGGCCAGACUGACGUAGCUUUCCAUCAGCUUACAGCUGUUAGGCUAAUCCUAAAACGUGACACUACCUAUGUCUUCAAUCGUUUUUAAAUCUCUAAUUAUGGGGAGGAGGUUUUACUGCUUGUGGGUAUCCAGAUCUGCAUUUCCGCUAACACCUUCUUUUCUGCUCGAGUUCCUUCAGCUAUACAGAGCACAGAGAGUGGAGUUUGCUGUGCAGACCUGUCAGUUCCGUACCUGCCUUUCUUCCUGACCUCUUUGCACUGUACCUGAUGCACUUUAUAUAGUGUUUGCUGUAAUUUGAUGUUCUUAACCCAGAAUCAUAGGGAUCUUUCUCAUACCAGCAGAACCUGGAAUUUUGAUCCUGACUAACUGCCUUGUGUCACGAGUAGUGGAAUUAUCAAGGGGGCUUGAAUUUUUGUCAGCAAAAAGGGAUUGACUACUGCCAGUUAAAAAGAACUUCUCUGUUAAUGACUAAGGUUUGUUUACAGUGAUAAAAGAGAAUAAAAUAUUGUGACUGUUAA